UCCCAGUGAAGCCCUGCGUACCCUACUGUCAAUAUGCCCCCAGUCUCAGGGAGGGGCUGGGAGAAUGUGUUGCGGUUUUUGCAUGACGACUGGACCUCCAGAUCAGCUGGACCUGACUGAGGUGGGGUUCAAAGUGCCGGGAGGUGACCGACACAGUCAGGAGUCAGUGAAGAGGUUUGUGGAAGUAGGAUAGCGUUCUGGCUGUGGAGCUAUGAGGGUGGGGGCAGCAGCGCUCGCUGCUGGGCUGUGCGGGGGCCUGGGGACGUUGUGUUUCCUGCUGGCCUUCGGCACGGAUUACUGGCUGCUGGCGAGUGACAACUGCGGACCGUACGCACGGCAGAUGCGACCCGGAGGCGGAGCGGUGGGCAACGGUACCGAGGACGUGGUGGCUGUGACGCCUUCCUCUCUGAUCCUUCACCACGAGGGCUUCUUCUGGCGCUGCGUGUUCCACGCAGAACCUGGGGCCCACGCAGGCUGGGCCAGCCUCUUCACCAACCAACCAAAAUCUAAGGUCUGUAUCCAUGGUUACCUGUUUCCUCUACCUGUGACACUUGGACAGGUGCCUCAUCCCAUCUAUGAUGCUACUGCAGUGUUCCGCGGCUUUUGGACGCCGUUGAUCACCCUGGGCGCGGCGUCGGCGCUGACGGGCCUCUUCCUGUUGCUGUGUGGCGUUCCCUUCUUCAGCCAGAAGCUGUAUCGCCUGGGCGGGGCCUUCCUCAUCGCCGCCGCCGUCUUCUACCUGGUGGUGGUGGUGCUUUACGUGCUGUGGGCGGAGCUUGUGAACGUGAAGCGCUACGUGCUCCAGGAGCGGGGAGAGGCGUGUCCCAACGCCCAGGUCACGGUGCUCUAUGGCUGGUCCUUCAUGGUGGCCGUGGCGGGGGUGCCUCUGGUGCUGCUGUCAGGCAUGCUGUUCACGCUGCUGGGCCACGUGCUACGGGUCCACAACAAGUGAUGGUGGUGGACCCGCCGGACCACUGACGGGAGAGAAGGAACCGAUAGAAGUACACUGGAUAUGUGUGCCUGCCGCGAUAGGCCUGUACAUAGCAGAUACAGAGAGAUCAGCGAUGUUAUAGCACACCCCGUUGGACAUCUGGUGAAUUACAGUCCCGCCCGUGUGUUUUGUUUGUUUUUGUAUAUUGUGGUUUGUGUGUUUGUCAAUCACGUCUUCUUUGUUUUCUAUCAUCGCAUGCCAAUUAUUUAGUUCAGUGUCGUACUGAAAUAAAUUACAGCAAAAGCAAUCCCCAAACAAACGGCAUGAGGAAUUAAAUCUGAAACUAAAAUUAAAGAUAUGUCAUGACACAAUAAAAUAUGCUUAUUUGC